AUGGCAGAAGUCACUGAUAGAAAGAGAAAAGUGGACCAGGAAUCAGACAGUGAUUCUGACGCCGAAUUGGAAAAGCUCCUUGGAGAAGAAGAAGGGAUUGAAUAUUCUUCUGGAUCCGAAGGUGAUGAUGAUGAUGAUGAUGAUGAUGAACUAGAAAGCGAUGCAGAAUAUAUCAAUGAUGCUAUUGCCAAUAUCCGUAUUCGCUCAUUGUCUAACUCCACCAUUGGAUCAGAAGGUAGACCAGAGUUAAAAGAAGGUGAAGUAUUGACUGAAUUUGCCGAUGGCCAACCAAGAAUCAUUAGACCAGAAAUCGACCCUGUUUACGAUAGUGAUGACAGUGAUAAGGAAGAUGCCAAUGCUAUUGGUAACAUUCCUUUGUCAUUGUACGAUGAAAUGCCUCAUAUCGGUUACGAUAUCAAUGGUAAAAGAAUUAUGAGACCAGCAAAAGGCAGUGCUUUAGACCAACUAUUAGAAUCGAUAGAUUUACCAGAAGGUUGGACCGGGUUGUUAGACAAAAACACCGGGUCAUCAUUAAACUUAACCAAGGAAGAAUUGGAAUUGAUCAAAAAGAUUCAGAAAAAUGAAAAUACCGAUGAAAAUGUCAACCCAUACGAACCAACCAUCGAAUGGUUCACCUCCGAAAAGGAAAUCAUGCCAUUGACUGCGGUUCCUGAACCAAAAAGAAGAUUCGUUCCAUCAAAACACGAAGCCAAAAGAAUUAUGAAGAUUGUCAGAGCCAUUAGAGAAGGCAGAAUUAUCCCCCCAGAGAAAUUGAAACAACAGCAACAAGAUGAAGAUGAUACUCCAGAUUUCGACUUAUGGGAAGACGCUCCAGAUUCACAUGAAGACCAUAUAAUGGUUCUUAGAGCCCCUAAGUUGCCUCCACCAACCAAUGACGAGAGUUACAACCCUCCUGAAGAAUACUUGCUCAACGACGACGAAUUAAAAGAAUGGGAAGGGACCGAUCCUAUUGACCGUACUAGAAACUACGUUCCAAAGAAUUAUGGCUCCUUAAGAAAGAUUCCUGGGUAUAAAGAGUCGGUUAGAGAAAGAUUUGAUAGAUCCUUAGACUUAUACUUGGCCCCAAGAGUCCGUAAAAAUAAGUUGAAUAUUGACCCAGAUUCCUUGAUUCCGGAUUUACCAUCUCCAAAAGAUCUUAGACCGUUCCCAAUUAGAUGUUCGGUCAUUUAUAAAGGUCAUUCUGAAAAGAUCAGAACCAUUUCUGUCGAUCCUUUGGGUCUUUGGUUGGCCACUGGUUCCGACGAUGGCUCUGUGAUCAUCUGGGAAGUUUUAACUGGUAGACAGGUAUGGAAGACUCAGUUGAUUAACAAAAAGGAUAACACCGAAGAUCAUAUUGAAGCAAUUGAAUGGAACCCAGACCAUGAAACUGGUAUUUUGGCAGUCACCGUUGGCGAAAACAUUUAUUUGAUCGUUCCUCCAAUUUUUGGAUUUGACAUUGAAAAUAACGGGUACUUGAAAAUUGAACAAGGGUACGGUUAUGAAAAAGGUGGUAAUAAUAAAACUUCUGGCAACAUUGAAGUUGCUGAUGAUGAAGAUGAUGAUGAUGAUGAUGAAGAUGAAGACGAUGAAGACGAUGAAGCUGAAGAAAAACCUACUAAGAAAAAUGGUGGAGCAUCGUCUGAAAAGAAGGCCAUUGUUGCCAAAUGGUUGAAACCUACCGCAAAACAACAAGCCCAAGGAGUGUCACUUAUAAUCCAGUGUCGUAAAACUGUCAAGAAGCUUUCAUGGCACCGUAAGGGUGACUACUUUGUCACCACUUCUCCAAACUCCGGUAACGUUUCUGUGUUGAUCCAUCAAUUAUCCAAGCACGUUUCCCAAUCACCAUUCAAGAAAUCCAAGGGGAUCAUGAUGGAUGCCAAAUUUCAUCCAUUCAAACCACAACUUUUCGUGGCGUCUCAAAGAUUCAUCAAGAUUUACGACUUGUCGCAACAAGUCCUCGUUAAAAAACUUAUGCCGGGGGCUAGAUGGCUUAAUUCUUUUGAUAUCCAUUCUAGAGGUGAUAAUGUUAUUGUUUCAUCCUUUGACAAGAAGGUUCUCUGGCAUGAUUUGGAUUUGGCCAGUACCCCAUACAAGAUUCUCAGAUACCACGAAAAAGCGGUCAGAUCUAUCAAGUUCCACAAAGGUGGAUUACCAUUGUGGGCUUCCAGUAGUGAUGAUGGUACAAUCCAUGUUUUCCACGGGAUGGUUUAUGAUGAUUUGAUGACUAAUCCUUUGUUGGUGCCAUUGAAGAAGCUUACUGGUCACAAGGUGGUGAGUAGUUUGGGUGUUUUGGAUGUGGUGUGGCAUCCAAAGGAAGCAUGGUUGUUCAGUAGUGGUGCUGAUGGGUGUGCAAGAUUAUGGACUACAUAG